GAAUGUGUCCAGUUAAGUGUCUGGGACCUAACUUCAUAUGGCUGUCGGAACAUUUAACUUCUUGUGACGGCACAGCAGCAAAAUGAAAUUUGACAACAUACUUUCAGAAAUUAAUGGAUUUGGAAAAUUCCAAAUCAGACUAUUUUUGAUUCAGAUCUUUGCUCGAAUGACUCUGCCAUGUCACUUUCUGCUGAAUAACUUCAUGGCGGCUGUUCCCUCUCACCACUGUAACAUCACCGCUCUGGAUGAUGGAGGCAUCUUUGGGAACUUAUCUCAGCCAGAGAAACUGGCUGCUGGUGUGCCAACAGAGCCGGAUGGGACUCUGAGCUCCUGUCAGAUGUUUUUAAAGCCGCAGUAUCAUCUGGUAGGCUUAAACAGCAGUGAGGAUGCAUCUAUUGUUCAGUGUCAGAACGGAUGGGUGUAUGACAACAGCACAUUUAAAUCUACUUUGGCAACAGAGUGGGAUCUCGUGUGCAGCAGAAAAGGGAUGAACAAGGCAACAGCCACAGUCUUCUUCAUUGGUGUUAUGGUCGGAGCCCCUAUGUUUGGGUUUCUCAGUGACAGGUUUGGACGACGGCCGCUGCUGCUGGUAUCUUAUCUGUCGUCCGUAUUGUUUGCAAUUCUGAGUGCCUUCUCUUCAUCGUAUGUGAUGUUUAUCAUCAUGAGGUUUUUUACAGGGAUGUCACUCUCAGGAAUAAGUAUCAUCUCUAUUGUUCUGAAUGUUGAAUGGUUCAGCAUUGAACACAGGACCUUUGCUGGUGUGAUCAUAAGCCUGGAUUGGACAAUUGGGACCUGGAUUCUGGUGGGAAUAGCAUAUUGCGUAAAUGAAUGGAGGAGGCUCAUCGUGGCAGUGACCUUACCCAUGAUAGUGUCCAUCAUUACUUGGAGGUGGCUCCCAGAGUCUGCGAGAUGGCUCCUGGCAAAAGGAAAGGCAGACGAGGCUCAUCAGUACAUAAUGCAAUGUGCCACGAUGAACAGCAGAACCAAGUGUAUGGCCACCAUCACACCCACGGAGUUACUGCAAUCUGUAAAAGGUGAAACUGACGAUAAGAAGUACACUCUAGUGGAUCUUUUCAAGACCCCAACUAUUAGGAAACUGUCUAUAUGCUCAGGGAUAGUGUGGUAUGGCGUUGCAUUUACAUAUUAUGGGAUAAGUCUGAACAUCACUGGGUUUGGACUGAACACAUACCUCACACAACUCAUAUUUGCAUCUAUUGAAAUGCCGUUGAAGAUUGGUGUGUAUUACUUCCUGGAGAAAGUUGGGAGGAGGUCUGGUGAAAUGGGAUCCAUGCUGUCGACUGGUCUCUGUCUCCUAAUCAACAUGUUUGUCUCACAAGAUAAGUGGGUCAUUCGUACUGUUGUGGGCGUCCUUGGAAAAGCCAUGUCAGAAGCCUCAUUCACAAUCAUGUACCUCUUCACAACUGAGCUCUUUCCUACAGUCGUACGACAGAACGGUUUAGGCUACACCGCAUUUGUGGCGCGGCUGGGUGUGUCCAUAUCUCCACUCAUCAUGCUAUUGGAGGACGUGUGGCAUCUCCUCCCUGCAGUCACUUACUGCACGGUGGCAGUUGUAUCUGGUUUGGUGGUUUCACUGCUGCCUGAAACAUUAAACAUCCGACUGCCAGAGUACAUCGAGGACAUUGAGAAACCGAGGGGACAGUCGACAAGGAACAAGGAGAUUCAAUAAAAACCACUGUUAUUGUUAACUAGAGUGAUUAUUUGCCACAAUGAAUUUGUUCUGUGAGUUUUAAUAAUGCAAGAUGAGUUGAUUUAAUCUGCUUUGUAACCAUAAAAUUGUUAAAAUCACUAUAAAUACUUGAACUAAGAGUCUUUCAGGAUAUAACAUAUCCACAGGUGUGCUGUCUUAAUAAUGUACUGUACAGAGGAAAUUUGGACAAAUACAAAGAGACAAUGAGAGAGAAAUGUAACUGUGAAUUUACUUGAGGUUAGCAAUAAAAUUGUAAUUCAUGAGAACAUGACUAUGGAUUUUAUUGGAAUUAGUUUCAGUUAUUUCCUGCUGUCAUGGCACAGGGUAUAUGGGACAUUUGUAUUCAUGCACAUGUUAAUAAAAAUUUGCCUUUAAAAAACACUUAAAAAGACAAAGAGAGAUAGUCCAUACAUUGAAUAUCUUGGUUUAGCUUGCUGCUGGUACAGUUGAGGUUGGUGGUGCAGUAAUAUCAGUAAUUUUCCAGUUGUUGUUUUUUUUUUUAUUAUUAUUUAUUUUUUUGUCAGUCUAAACAAUCCACAGGAGCAGUUGACUUGUGACUUUCGCAUAUCCCUAUUACUCACAACACACACAUGCGGCAGUAACUCAGUCCAUAGGGACUUGGGUUGGGAACCGGAGGGUCACCUGUUUGAGUCCCCGGCCAGACCAAAUAUGGAGCGUGGACUGGUGGCUGGAGAGGUGCCAGUUCACCUCCUAGGCACUGCCGAGGUGCCCUUGAGCAAGGCACCGAAUACCCCAACCGCUCGGGGCGCCUGACCAAGGCAGCCCCCUCACUCUGAGAACUCUCCACUUUGUGCAUGUAUAGGUCCUGUUUGUGUGUGUCUUUCAAACCUGUGUGUUAAUGACAAAAAAAGUGAAAAAACUGAAUUUCCCCUCAGGGGGAUUAAUAAAGUAUAUUAAAAAAAAAAAAAAAAAAAUGUUUGGAGCAGUCAUGAUAUGGUGCCCCUGGAGCAGUUUUGGGACUCGAUACCUUGCUCAAGGGCACUUUCCUGGUGCCCAGGAGUGUGAACUGGCACCUCUUCAACUGCCAGUCCACACUCCAAGCCAAGCCAGUAUGUGCUACUGCUGCCUCCCAUUUGGUUUUUUGAAAAAUUAAAACUCUGACCUGCUGGUGGUGCUACAGAAAAACUCAAAAGAUAGAAUAACUUAUUAGGAUUCAUCCUCUGGCAUUGUUGAUAUCUGUAAUUAUAUGCAGUGUUUCACGUACUUUAAUUGUUUAGGCCUUUCAUCCCCUACAUUGUAAACAUUUGGCCUUCAUUUAUUGAACUGAUUUUCUAUAUUUAUGAUACUUGUGUGUAGCAACUCAUAAUGUAAUAAUUUAAAUGUGAUAAAAGCUCAUAAUGUAAGAAAAACAAUGUAAUAACAGCUUUGUGCAUAAUGGGAAAAUUCUUACAUAAUAAACUAAGCAAAAAAUUCUC